UUUAAGAGGCUGGAAUAUGUCGACUGCAUACUCGAGCCCGGGGAGACGUUGUACAUACCCGUGGGGUGGUGGCAUUAUGUGAGGGGGCUGAGUGUGAGUUUCAGUGUGAGCUUUUGGUGGAAUUAA